AUGCUCCAAGGCGGGGCGUCCGAGAAGGUCCUGCGCCAUCUAAAAGUGCCAGCCAAUUCUGCCUUAGCGUCGCCACAGCAUAUCAGCCCGUUGAAGAAACCUGAAUUACAAGGUACCGUCGGCAGUGCUCUCGAAGAUCUAGGAAUGAGACGGUCAAAAGCUGUGAGAGAUGGUACACCUCGAGCAGGAUAUCAUCCACAGAACAAUAAUGAUCUACCCGAUACAAGCCAGAAUUUGAAGAAAUCAUGGAGGCCGUAUCAAGGUCGCUGUGAUUCGAACAACGGCCUUUGGCGCUCCGACACAAUGAUUUCUCCCGGAACUGAAAAUGCUGUGUCGAGCGGUUCGCGGAAAAAUGAUACACGGCGCAAUGCCAGAUCUUUUGACAGAAUGUCAAGAGACGAACCGUCAACGUAUAGUCCGCAUCUAUCAGGCUCUCGACCUGCUCAAGUUCCGCACAUGCGACUACAGCAUCCCUUCAAUGCGCCGUCUACUAGUCCGCAAUUUGACCCUAAUAUCAACUCGUUUGCUGUUUUGCCUAUACCAUCCAGUACACCAGACUUUAUUAACAACAUGGCUAUGCAGCAGCCAUUUGUCUCAUCUCCCCUAUCCAACUUGCAAUCAUCACAAUCACAAACUUUGCCCGAUAACCUCCCGUUUACCCCUUACGGUUUCCCGCCAAUGCCAGACUUGAAUAAUCCUGGAAAGAUACUACCUUUCAUGCCUCCAAUGCCCCCAUUUCCUCCCAUGAGCUUGAGUGUUUCCAGUCCAGCAUUGGCACCACCAGUUUUUGGCGGGUUUCCGUUCUGUCCCUUCGACCCAAUGUAUCCUACAACGGCUGGCCCUACUGGAGGCAAUUCUCAGGGUCCAACACCGCAACCAUUGCUCGAAAUACCACCGCGUGAUCGGCGAUCUAAGACCCCGGAGCCUCCUGCGCCGACUAAGGAGUAUCUGACGCGAUCAUCCUCGGCCCCGAAACUACAUCCCAACCGCCAACCUCUACUGGUCAUUCUUGACCUGAACGGCACUCUGAUAUUUCGAAAACACAGACGCCUGCCCCCUUCUUUCGCCAAAAGGACUGGCCUGGACCAGUUCUUGGACGUUUUGUUGAAAAACUACAAAGUCAUGAUCUGGUCCAGUUCGCAACCUGAGACGGUAGGCGCAGUUUGCGAGAAACUGUUUCCUGGCGAGAAAAGGAAGUCACUGGUAGCUGAAUGGGGCCGCGAUAAGUUGAACCUCUCAAAAUCUCAGUACAGGUCAAAGGUGCAGGUCUAUAAGACCCUAGAGACAGUGUGGAGCAAUCAAGAGAUUCAAGCCUCGUACCCCAGCUCCCAUCAGAAAGGUCGGUCUAAAAUGAAGAAAAAGGCGGCGCAAGGGAAUCCAAGGUGGGAUCAGACGAACACCGUUCUCAUCGAUGACAGCAAGCUCAAAGCGCUCAGUGAGCCCUACAACAUCCUCGAGAUCCCGGAGUUCACGAACGCACCGGGUAUUGAUGAGUCUCGCAUAUUUCCCAAAGUCCUGGAAUGCCUUGAUGCCCUAGCGCAGCACGACGACGUCAGCAAGUUGCUCCAGGUCUGGAACUCKAAGCUGGCGGCUAACGCCACAAUCCUUGAUCUCGACAUCGGGGUGAAUCAGUCUUCACAACAGCAAACCGGGAGUUCUUCGAUGACGCCGUCAACACCCCAGGAAAUAGCCCAGGCACGCAAGGAAAGACGAAGAGCUCGCAAACAGGAGAAGAAAGCGGCGCGACGGGCUGCCGCUGCUAUCGGCGCUGCAUCUGCCAACCCACCCACUGCCGCUGCUGUGUCUGCCAUAACAGCUGAAGGGGGCAACGAAGGGGUUACCCCGACCGACAACACCCCAGCUACUCCGGCUGAGGACAGUGCUAUCCCAAGAGCUACAGAUGUGCCGCAAUCGCAUACCAGACGUUCUCCCUCUCCCGCCUCCUCAGUGCAAUCGGAAAACUACCUUCUCGAUCGCCUAGAGGAGUCGUUGAAUGUUCGCCGCGACUGA